AUGGACAGGCCCCACUCCUCCUCGCUGUUGGCUGUGGCGUGCGAGCGGUGCGUGCUGGUCUGGACCGUGGAGCCGAGCUCGGUCAUCACCAGACCGUCGGGCACCUGCGCCCAGACGCUGGCGGCGCCCGGCCACGCGCCCGUCACCUCGGUCCGCUGGAGUCCGCUGGGAGACCUGCUGAUGUCGGCCAGUCCCAGUGACGGCGCUCUGCUGCUGUGGAGCGUGGCGGAGGAGUCUCACGUGCCGCUGAAGCGGCUGUGGCGCGCCGGCCACACCCUCUGCCGUUGGAGUCCCGACGCCAGCCGAGUCUUCACCGCCACCACGGGGCCCACCUUCAGGGUGUGGGAGACGGGCCGGUGGACGGACGAGCGGUGGCGCUGCGCGACUGCCGGCGGCCCGGUCAGCGCCGCCUGCUGGUCACCGGACGGCCGCGUCGCCCUCUUCGUCACGUCGGCCGAGCCUGUGGUGUAUUCGCUCUCCUUCAUGCCCGUUCUGCUGAUGGAGUCGGCACCCAAGCCUGUUCCGGUCAUUGACCUCACUGCCCGUCGCCUGGACCACGGAAAGGAGAUGAUCCACGUCGGCGGCGAGGUCAGCGGCCUGACCUGGGACAGCACCGGGCGGCGGCUGGCCGUCUCGUUCGUCGACAGUGACGCCGUGGCCGUGUUCUCCACCGAGCUGCAUCCGCACCUCAGGAUCGCCGCCUGCGGCCUGAUCCGCGGCCUGAAGGACGAGUACCCGGUGGCCGUCGAGUUCCAGAUGAACCUGCAGGACACUACCAGCCUCUGCGUGGCGUGGUCGAGCGGACGCAUCCAGCACGUGCCGAUGCUGGUGCCGGCGUCGGCCGCCGGCGGCCUGCUGGAGAGCAGCGCCCUCUCGGCCUCGGUGGCCGCCAGCCCGGGCCGCUCGCUCGGCGACGCGUCCCUGCUGCGCUCGCCCGUCCAGCUGUUCUCUGUCGACUCGCCGUGACGCCCCGGCCGGCUCAGGUCACGGUCGGGGGUGGGCUUGGUGGGGCACCCGGCGGGACCUUUGUGGACGGUGCUUCGGGGCUGGACGCCGGGCGAAGGGGCGCCAGACGUCACGAGGAUGUGAGGGCUCUGUCUACCGGCUUCCACGUGCGGCUGAGAUGCCUUCUGAGAGGUGGAGCUGACUGCAUUCGACGCUGUCCUCCUGCCAUCCAGUGCAGCGUGCCGAUGGCCAGCGCAGGGACCUAUCAGUGAAGACUAUUUUUACAGUGUUGGGCCGAUGGUUA